AUGACGACAAAUUUUUACGGUGCCAAAAAAUCGGCGUCUUCGGAUGACGUCUAUGACAUGAACCGGGUUCACGAAGAGUUGGAAAAGCUGAACAUUGCUACGGACAUUAUUAACAAAAUGGAGGUACAGUUGGACGAGGCACAGGCUGUUUUUCGGGAGGUGCAGAUGACGUGGACUCAGCGUUUAACGCAGAUGGCCAAAAGACUGGGUGGUUGUAUCGAAAAAUCGCGGCCUUAUUAUGAGGCCAGAAUUAAGGUUUCGCAGCAGAAUGCUCAGAAGUCUGCAUUGCGUUUUGAACGGGCUAACAGCCUGCACGCAGUCGCCAAACAGCAGGUAAUGCUGACGCAAGAAAGCCUGAAUCGUCAGGGCACGUCUAAUGUCGACCCUGCUUGUCUGGAGGUACUCAACCAUCACAUACAGCGCGUCAACGAGGCAGAGAAGGAACGCGUGCAAAGCGAACAGCAACACGUCCAGAUGUCGAGGUUGGUCGAGCAGGCGACAAAGGAGGUGUCAGCUAUUCAAAAAUCGAAGCACUACUUUGACAUGCGGGUGGAAUUCAUGAAAGUGCUCCAGAACCAGAAGGCGCUCAUUGAGCGCUUGCAGGAGGAGAUACGGCAGAAGAAACUGGACUAUAAUACGUCGCUGCACAACUUGGAGCAUAUCAGCGAACAGAUUCACGAAUUGCGCAAUGCCGGCGAGAGCAGUGAAGAUACUCUGCCGUGCGACCCGUUCAUUUCCGUUUCGCAGCCGAACACUGAGAGUAGCUCGAUGAACAGUAGGAAUAGCAGCAUCCGCGCGCAGGGUGAUGACGACAGUUGUUCGUUGCAGAGGGCCAUCAACUCCGGUGUGAUUUUGUUGGCACAGGAGCUGGCUAGUCGUUAUUCAGUUUCCCCACAUGAGUUAUUCGCCUUUCAGUUCCCUCCCGAAGAUCUGGACAUGGAGUACAGAACUGCUCCAGAAGGCAUUUCCUCAAGCAGCUCGAGCGAGGUUAAGGCCUCUAAGAACAGUUGGUCUUCAAGUCGGCGCUCAUCAUCUGAUAUCUCUACCACCAGCGCCGGCUGCCGACCGGUGUCUCUACAGUUGCCGUCGGACGUGACAGUACAGGCAGUAAAAAAUUCCAUGGCUGAGCACAAAGCAGACGUCGCCGAACCGUCUUAG